ACAUACGAAAACUUUGUUCCUGAACGAAAAGGGUAAUGGUUGCCAUGGCGACAUAUUGUUUGACAGCUAUUUAAAAACAAGCGUCAGUGCGAUCAUUCGAAAUACUAAUAUUUUUUCCUAAUUCUUAUCAAAUGGCUGAGAAAAAGAAUGUUAUGAAGCCCGGUGCAAGAAAUGCUUUGAAAAAUGGAACUCGCGCUGUAUUGACUGCUAACACAUCGUUGACAAAAUUCCGCGGCAAAGGAAAAUCUUUAUGGAGGCCGGAGAAGACUAAGAAACGAAUGUUUCUUGACUUUAACAGCUGUGAUAACUGUAGUGUCCAUGAAAUGGAGUACGAUUCCAAAUUCGAAUCACUUAUCAAUGAACUGGCAAUGACAGAAAAAGCCCGCCUUGACAAACUCCUCGACAGCAUGUAUAAUGCCAUACAUGGUCUAGGAGAAAUUAAAAAAGAAUCUAAACAUUACAUAGACAAGACCAAAGAGUAUGAAAUGUCAAACAAUAGUAUUGAAGAAAUGAAAAUGGAGGGAUUUGAUUUGGAUAGCUUGAAGUUGAGAUUUGAUGCAAAAUUUCCUAAAUUACGAGAACAGUUACUAAAAGAGGUCACUAAUAAGGUUGAGAGGUUGUUAGUUAACUAAAAAGCUGAUGAUGGUUUAGAAUUAUGUUAUUUAUUUUAAAAGUAUUGUUUUUUUUAAGUACAUCUUUAGUCAUGGGAUAACUUCAAGAGAAGAAACCUGAUUUUCAUGAGAAAAUAGGUCUGACCAGAUAAACUGUGAUGGUGUUGUUUAAAAGUUGUGGAACAUUAUAUUAUAUCUAUCAGGGUAGUUCCACUCCAGCCUAAUGGAAGAACAGACAUGUACAAUCCAGAAUUAAGUUAUUAAGUCCUGCUAGCUCAGGACAGCAAACAAAGGAUUUGGGUUAGGCCUUUGGUUAUCUGUAGACAUUUUGUAGGCUUUGAUAAAGAAA